ACUGUCAAAUUUUUUGUGAAAAUUUCAGUGUAGUGUGUUUUUCUGAAGUUUUCUGUUCAAAGAAAAGUGCGUGAAAAGAGUGAAAAUGUCCGCUCUUGUGCGUUUAAAUGCACUGCGACUAGUCCGGAACACGAUACAGAAUGCCUCGCGCAACUCCCGGAUGUUGUCAACGUCACCGAAGAACCAGGAAACUGGUCCCAUCUCACCCACCACCCCCAUCGACACCACAAAGACAGAUGAGGAGCUGAAGAAGAACUGGCAGAGCUAUGGAUUUGAGGCUCAUGACAAGUACCAGGACAGGAGCCACAUGCGUGCCACUUUCUUCUUCAGUGUGACCCUUUGUAUCGUCUGGGGUAGUUUUCUGUUUGCCUACAUGCCCGACUACAGACUGCGUGACUGGGCCCAACGGGAAGCUUUCCUGGAGAUCCGACGCCGGGAAUCACUGGGUCUGCCUCAUGUCAACAAGGACUACGUGGAUCCAGCCACUGUGGUACUGCCCUCAGAUGAAGAACUAGGUGACACGGAGAUCAUCAUCUAAGAGCCAAGAGGCCGAGUGGGUUUUCUAGUUGAGAUUAUUACAUAAUUUCAUACUGUUUUCCUCUUGUACAUAAUCUUUGAGUCUCUGUGGCUGAAGAGUCCCAGUCGGAUGGCUAAAUAAAUUACUAGUGAUUUCACCGACA